AGACAUCAGUUUGCUGUUCGUUGCGUCGCGUGGUCGUGUGUGCACGUGUUUGUGUUUAUAGCUUAUCAUCAUCGAGUAGAAAAAAGUAAGGCGGCGAAUUUACGAACGCUUGAUUUCUGAGUGAGGAUGGUGUAGUGUUGUUCUAAAUAGCUGAAGCGAGAUGAAAAACAAGAAAAAAGUCAAACUGCCGAUAGAGCAGGGGGAUGACGGCUCUGCUGAUAUCCGCGGGAAAAAAAGUCACAAGCAGAGAGAACAAGAGGUCCGCCACGAUCCUUCGCUCGUUUCUCUUCCUGCGGAACAAGAGACAAAAAAAAGACACAAAAAGAAGUGCCGGGAUUUGAAGCCGGUUCAAGCGCGCGAAGCUGCGGACGGCGAUGCUGAAGCGGAUUUGUCAAGUAAGCGUCACACACAGUGCACCGGAGAAUAUUGGGACCCGCGGGAACCAGAACUCUGGUUUGGAGAAAAAGAUACCGAACGCUUGGAUCAAGAACAGCUGGAUGCGGCGCCAUACGGGAAGAAAGAAAAGAAAAAGAAACGCAAGGACAAAGAGAGAAAAGAAAAUGAUAUGGUCACAUAUGAAACGGAGGAGCACUUGGAUGAUACGGAACCAACAAAAAAGAAAAAGAAGAAAUAUAAGAACGAAGAUGUCACAGUGCAGGAAUCUCAGGAAGAAGGUAGCCGCACAUAUUUUCUCGACUUGCCAGAAGCAAGUGCAAAGAAGUGCAAAAAGAAAGACAGAAUUAUUCACGAGGGCAACUCUGCCUUUGAUGGUGAUGUGGUCGAUGCGACAGUCAGAGAACAAAACAAACACAGUCGUAAAGAUACAGCCGUAGACACGAUGAAGGGUGACUCAGAUCUUUGUGCCGAUGAGGCAGAUUUGCCACGGAAGAAAAAAAAAAAGCACAGACACAAAGAUGUGACUAUGAGAGAGUCUCAAGAAAACUUGGACCUUAUAAGCACCCAUGAUUCUGCGGAAACAAAGAAAAAGAAGCACAGAAACAAGAGUCAAGCUGCUUAUCGGGCACAUGAAGAAUCGGAUCUCGUUCCUGACCUUGAUUUGGCAACGAGAAAGCAGAAAAAUCACCGAAACAGUAAGGCUACCGUGGACACAAUAGACCAGUGUUUAAAUGCUGUAUCUGACGUACAAGACUGUGCACCAAGGAAAAAAAAAAAGCAUAAGGACAGACACUCGGCUGCGGACAUGACACAGGAGGACGUGGGCCUCGAAGGCGAGACUGACCCGCCAACACAAAAAAAGAAGAAACAAAAAGAAAAAGGUCCAAAUAUUGAUGCAGUGCAGAACGAUCAUCAUAUUGUUGCAGGUUCGAUCAACCUGAGCACAAAAAAGAGAAAAAAGCACAGGGAAAAGGAGCGAGCUACCUACACAGCACAGGAAAGCCUUGAUGGUCUUGAAUCCAAUGUUGCAAACUCAACAAUGAGGAAGAAAAACAGACCUAAUGUUGAAGAGUCUUUUAGCCAACCUGAGGAUUCUGGGUGUGAUUCUAAUCAAACACUCAAAAGCGCCAAGAAAGAAAUAUUAAGAUAUAAUUCUGUUUCCCAAGAAGCCGAUGGGUACCUGGGUUUGUCUGCACAUGUCGAUGGCAGUGAUCGCUUGAAGACCAGAAAAAAAAAAAAGAGCGGCCACAGAGGUGCUUGUGAAGAGGGUGAGAGUGUGUGCCAACCUGACUCGCCGUUAGAUCCAGAAAUGUGUACCACGAAAAGCUCCCGGGAGAAGAAGCUCAAUGUAAAAAGUGCCUUAGAUGAUCAGACGUCUCAUGGGCAUGAUGAUGAAGAAACCUCAAAGAAGGAGAAGAAGCAUAAGCACAAGAAACUUUGUAAAGAGGUUCUUGCACAAGAUUCUGGUUUGGAGAACACCGAAAGUGCUUCAGAUGCAGCGAAUGCUGCAGUAAAGAACCGCAGAAAGAAACAUCGGUCUAUUUUUGCUGAUGAGUUUGUUGAAGCAAAAGAUCCAAGGUUGGGCGUGGAUAUCGCUGUUGAACAAGAACAGGAGGUUACCAAACGAAAGAAGCAUAGGCAUGGGGGCACGCCUGAUAUGACAUCUUUGAAGAAAGAUGAACUACAUAGUUGUGAUGUUGAUGCCGAUGUACACAUAUUGAAGCAGAAGAAGAAAUGCAAAAGUAGAGGUAAAUCUGGGGAGAAUAUUGGCUCUGAAGUUGUAGCAGAAGCACCGAUUAUGUCCUCAAACACCAAGAAAAAAAAGCGUUUAGUUCCUUCUGAGGAGCAGCUUGCCGUUGGUGAUUAUGCUAGUGCUAACUACACUGAGAGGCAGGCUCCUAAGAAGCCUAAACAAAAUAAAAAAGAGACGUCUGCUGACGAAGGCCAGAGUUUGCUCAGAAGUAUCAUUGAAGAGCGAGACUGUGAAGGGGUUCCAAAGAAAAGGAAGCACAAACAUUUUCGAAAGGACGUUGCUGUGGAGGAAAUUGUGGAGUUCGAUCUGGAAUCUGGUGGGGAUCCAGAUUCCUCUAGGCAACAGGAGAGAAAAAAGAAGCCUAGUACAAGCCACAAUCUAAGGCAGGGUGACGACCGGGUUCAGCCGUCUGCUGACGAAGACCAGAAUUUGCUCAGAAAUAACACUGAAGAGCGAGACUGUGAAGAGGUUCCAAAGAAAAGUAAGCACAAACAUUGUCGAAAGGACGUUGCUCUGGAGGAAAUUGUGGAGUUUGAUCUGGAAUCUGGUGGGGAUCCAGAUUCCUCUAGGCGACGGGAGAGAAAAAAGAAGCCUAGUAAAAGCCACAAUCUAAGGCAGGGUGACGACCGGGUUCAGCCUUCUGCUGACGAAGACCAGAAUUUGCUCAGAAAUACCAUUGAAGAGCGAGACUGUGAAGAGGUUCCAAAGAAAAGUAAGCACAAACAUUGUCGAAAGGACGUUGCUCUGGAGGAAAUUGUGGAGUUUGAUCUGGAAUCUGGUGGGGAUCCAGAUUCCUCUAGGCGACGGGAGAGAAAAAAGAAGCCUAGUACAAGCCACAAUCUAAGGCAGGGUGACGACCGGGUUCAGCCGUCUGCUGACGAAGGCCAGAGUUUGCUCAGAAGUAACAUUGAAGAGCGAGACUGUGAAGAGGUUCCAAAGAAAAGGAAGCACAAACAUUGUCGAAAGGACGUUGCUCUGGAGGAAAUUGUGGAGUUUGAUCUGGAAUCUGGUGGGGAUCCAGAUUCCUCUAGGCAACGGGAGAGAAAAAAGAAGCCUAGUACAAGCCACAAUCUAAAGCAGGGUGACGACCGAGUUCAGCCUAGCUCUAAAGGGAAGCAUAAGUCUAAGGAUAUGUCAGAUUUUAGGCCGGAAUUUUUGUCCGAGAUGAAUGACGCUUCGACACAAGAAGGUGUGGGAGUGGUGACUUGCAGCAAGGCUGAUCAAAAUCGAGAGCUAUCGCCGCCCGUGUUUGAAGAGGAAAACAGUCAUUCUGACUCUGAUGGUCUAGCCCCUCAAGCCGCAGGAACCGUUGGUGCAAGCAAAGCUUCCGAGCAGAACUUGCCCACAAGGACAGGUGAUGCGCCGUCGUCGUGUUUUGGUGUGUCUGUUCCAGAUGCAGAUGGGAAAUCUCUUCAGCCCCAGCAAAGGAGUGUUUGUGCUGUCGCCCAAUCAACGUCCUCUGGGAAUUUUAUAGAAACAUCUAACUUCGACGCAGAGACGGUAGAACGGGACGUGAACAAUCCAGACGAAUCUCGAUGGGAUCCAGACAGAUCGCCACGACGCAUAAAAAUGGAGAUCAAGGAGGAGCCCACAAAGAGGAGAGAGGCUUCUGACGACAGUGAGCGGGACAGUCCCACAUUCCGUGAAGAACGCGACUCUGGUCCUCCGGUUGACGAGGACUUCAAGGACUAUGUGCUGAACCGAGACAGAAUCCCUGCUAUACACAAGUGUCUCUACAAGAUGAACGAGGAGACAAGAAAGGACUAUGAGGAGCAGACGGGCAUAAAAAUACAAGACGGAAGGUUCACCUACGCGGAAGAUGAAAUCUUGAGGAGAAACUACAGGAACAUAGCAAAAUACUACAAUCUGCGUCAUCCGCACAUGCUCGUGGGACUGCAAGGCGAGGAGUCCAGGGAGGACUGCAAGGCAGAGCGAGCUUUUAUGAAAAAGGAGGGGAUGCUUCAUCUUCUGGGGAAAGGUUUGGAGCACAGGACCCUGAAGCACUGCUACUAUCGUGGUCGAGCGCUCUUUGAUCCAAUCAGAAAAGUCGAAAAGCGAGAGAGGUUGACCGCUGAAGAAGAGGACAAGUUGUUUGAGCUGUAUGCAACCCUGGGUCCACAGUGGAUGGAGAUCGGGAGGCGCAUGGGCAAGUACGCCGCCACCGUGAGAGCUGCUGUCCGUAACAACAAGAUGAAGGAAAAAUUCAUUGGCAGAUGGAGCAAGAACGAAGUGGCCCUUCUGGAGGAGGCCAUCCGUGCCCAGGUCGGGGAUGACCUCGAGGACAUCUCCAAGGUCUGCUGGAAGAAGGUGGCAAGCCACGUCGGGACCCGCACUGUCGCGCAGUGCAAGCACCGUUGGUAUGUCACUCAGCGAAUGAGGCCAGCGAAAGAGAAAAAAUUGAGGCACAAGUGGAAUGACAACAACUCUGUUCACCUUAUUCACGUGCUGUACCACAAGAAAUUUUCUUCUGAUUUCCAUGUCGACUGGAAGACUUUGCUGAACGAGGAAUUCCCUUGGGCAUCCUCGCCCCAGUACUUGAGGAGGGCGUGGCGGAAUGUGGUCGAUCAUGUGCCGAGGCAUGUGCCUCCUGACUACAAAGAGAGGAUCAAGUUCCUGUACCACACCUUCAUUCCCAUUCUCCUCACCAAGAGGGGCAGCACCAAGACGUUAGAGGAUGCCAUCAUGCUGUCCAAGGUCAACACAGUUGACCCCAACCGCAAAAAUACAUCUGUUUAAGUGGGCGCAGUCAUUGACGGAAGAGUCUAAAAAAUGCCAGCCUUGGAGGCACCCACUCCUGCAUCAGUAUUUUGUUGGUUAACC